CAAUUUGAAAAUAUUGCAAUAACCUCUGAACCUGAGGUGCAUUCUUAGAAUUAUUUAUUCCUCUAUAUAAAAAUAAAAUAAAUAAUGGCAAGCAGCAGGUUGGAAAGAAUUGGAACAAUUUUUACACGGGUGGAGGGGCUGCUAACACGGGGUGCAGUGAAGCCCGAUGAUAGACCAUUGUGGUUUGAUGUUUACAGAGCUUUCCCUCCUCUUGCUGAACCUAAAUUUGCAAAACCUAAACCUGAAAUUAAACCUUUAAGACAAAUCUUAUAUCCCGAAGAUGCUAUCAGAGCGAAAUUUCAUUCUAGGGGACAUGGUUUGGGUGCAAUAAGUUUAGUUAGUCCAAACGAAACCACAACGAAAAGACUUGUUCAACAGUACGAGAAGCUGAAGGCAGAUGGUGUAUCAGAGGCAGAAAUCAUAGAAAAAUCGGCCACAGCAGUAGGCAGUGAACGUCAACUGGAAGCUAAUAAAGUCAAAGUUGCGACAAAUAGCACUGAUGCAGAUACUGCCAAGUUAUUGAAUGAGGCAGACAUUACUAAUAUUUUUAAAGAUUAGUAGUUUUGAAAUAGAGCCCAGCCUAGCUUAUAGAAUUAGAGAUAAUUAUAUCUACUUUGUAGAAAAAUAAAUAAAUUUAAAUUGUUACCUAUC